AUGUUGCUCUAUGGUGAAUUUGGAUUUUUACUGUUAAAUCUUAAGCCUGCCAUGUUGAUUGAUUUUCGUGACGCCAAGAUAAACCAAUUGUACUUGGAAACAGUUGUGCAGCCCGUAAUGCAUGCACUGAAAUCUGAGACAGCAAUUACAUUAGAUCAAUAUAUCGUCAAAGACGACUUAAGGACACCGGAAUCACAUUUAAACGGCUGUAUAUUUGUCUACCACACGAAGAAACGUAACCUCCUGUUGCCCAUUUUCGAAGCACAGGAAAAUUCAAUUAUUUUUGAGGAGACCAUGGCGAUGGUUUUAGAUUACCCAGGACACUUACCAAAGGAUGAAAGGGACAUACCGACGAUGAUAUCUGUAAUCUAUCUUCACGAGAGGGCAAAGAAUAAAGGAACAGUUGCCUUGACAACGUUUGCCAUACAGCAAUCUGAGAAAGAAGUCACGCUAAAGCAUUUUAACAAAUAUAAAGAGUUAUGCAAACGUGAAUUAGAUAUAGAAUUAAAGCUUCACAUGCAGUAA